UAAGGCACCAUUUGAUUCAUUCUUCCAUCAAGUCUAGUAGAAGACUUCGUUGGAUGACUACCUUUAAUUCAACAACUUCCUGUAUAGCUUCAUUGACUCAACCCUUACGAUCUGAACCCAUAGGUUAUAUUAACAUUUCUCGACCUAUACCUUAUGAUAUUGGACUAAAGCUUCAACAAUCACUUGUACAGCGACGACAUGAAUUGACUCAUCAACUCAAAACCGGUAACUCCUCCUUGGACAAAAAUACUCCUUUGGAUAUUGUUUUAUUUUUACAACACACACCUACCUUUACAGCAGGACGUCGGAUCCGAGGUGACAUUCAAGAAGAACAAAGAUUAAAGGCUUCAGGUGCUGAUUAUGUCGAGACAAUGCGUGGUGGACAAGUGACCUUUCAUGGUCCUGGGCAAUUGGUGGCCUAUCCUAUCUUGGAUAUUCGUGAUUAUCAGCUAUCAGUACGAUGUUAUGUAUCUCGAUUAGAAAAGACAAUCAUUGAUACCUGUGCCUCCUUUGGAAUCCAAGCGAAUACAACUGAAAAUACAGGUGUAUGGGUAGGACAAGAUCAUAAAAUCGCUGCUUUAGGUGUACAUUUACAACGAUAUGUCAGUAGUCAUGGGGUUGCUUUGAAUUGUGAUGUGGAUUUGAAUUGGUAUAAGCAAAUUGUACCUUGUGGAUUACCUGAUAAGAAAGUGACGUCCCUGAGUGAUCAAUUGAAUCGUCAAGUCUCCGUAUCUGAAACUGUCCCGGUCUUGAUCCGUAGCUUUGAAACUUUGUUCUCAAAACAACUUGUACCUAUUAAAUUGAAUGAAUUGGAUCCCCUUUUACAUGAUUAUCUUUAGUUUUACUGUCAAUGAUUUAAUGCUUAGAUUACAUAACAUAGAUAUAUAUUUUAUUCCCUCAUUUACUUUUUUUUUUUUUUUGUUUCUGCUCUGAAACCCCGC